AGCGUCACUGCAAGUUCAGCUGAUUGUUUCUGGUUUAUUUUGUUGCACAUCGUGUUAUUGUUAAGAGUGAUUUCUGUGAUCAGUGUAGGAAAAUAAUAUAUAUUAUGUAGUUUUAGGGGGAUUGUCAGCGCAAAUUUCUACAGGUUUUUCAUGAGGAAAUUCUGUCAAAGAUGAUCUAGUAGUCCCAAGAUGAACCAUUCAACUUGACACGAGCAUCAACACGUCAUGAUGCUUAUUUAUUUGGUAAAAGUUUUGAAUAUAUUUGCUUGCGGAGUCAAAUUCGUGGUCAACUUGAUCCGUAACGUUGUAAUGAGAACCAGAAGUUCCACAAAUCAGGCGUUGAAUGUGAGAAAUAGUCCCAGCACUAGGAAAAAAUCACGAAAUAUUCUAAUGAGCAACAUAAGCGACCUCGUAGAAAGGUUCAACUCGAUUGCCCUACAAGAAGGCAGCUAUCCGGAACUCACAGCUGAGCAAGAAGAAGAGAUCGAGAAAGCUCUCCAUGGUGGACCAAACACAGAUACCAUCAUAACUCGCUUCCACCUGAUCAUAACCCGCGCCGAUGUGAGCACCCUGGCCGGUGACAACCGCCUGAACGAUCAAAUCAUCAACUUCUACAUGAAUCUCCUGGUGGAACGCAACGCCGCCGACCCGCACCUGCCCCGACUCUACACCAUGAACACAUUCUUCGUGCCGAAACUGCUCUCCGCCGGCCACACGGCCCUGCGCCGCUGGACCCGCAAGGUUGACCUGUUCGCGCACGAUCUGAUCCUGGUCCCGGUACAUAUCGCCGGCCUAGACCACUGGUGUAUGGCGAUCGUGGACCUGGGCCAGCACUCCAUCCGGUACUACGACUCGCUGGGUGGUGGACGGCCCAACGGGCAAGUUUUGGACGCGCUGGAGCGAUACCUGCGCGACGAAUCGCUGGACAAGCGAGGGAGACCGCUGGAGAGGCCGAAUUUUGAGAAGCGCCACAUGGGGGAGUGUCCCCGGCAGGAAUUUAGCAACGACUGUGGCGUGUUUAGCUGUGCGUUUGCGGAGCAUGAAGCGCGAAGAGUGGCGGUGAAGGGAUUUGGGCAGGGCCAGAUGGCGUACUUCAGGCGGAAGAUGGUGUAUGAGAUUUCGAAGGGACGGCUGCUAACUUGAGUUUUUUUUUUCCAGAUUAUCUGCCUCUUAUAUUUGUUUUUUCUUAAGAAACUAACCAAAGACGCAAGCCAAUAUAUUUCAAGUGGUUUUUGUCAGAUAUUUAAUCUGUAUUCAGAGUUGUGCGAUGCUUGUUGAUUAUUUUUAUUUAUUAUUUUGGGAUAACAACAUGUAUAUUAAAACUCUUUUAAUGUCAA